AUGUCACAUUCUCCUGGAAAUAAUACGCCAGAUCGAGAUCUGCCUCCACUACGGAUCCCGGGUCAAAGACGUAAAACUAGCUCUUCUCCAUUUUCACCAAUAGACGCUACAUCAUGGGGUAUCCAUUCUGUACCAACAAUGCUAUCAGAUUUCAAGAGACACACGUCUCAUGGGAAUAUUCAUCUGGCUCCUGGCAUGCCUGGUGCUAGUCCAGGGGGUGGUUUAGGUAGUCCUGGUGGUGGUCUUAAAAGUGGUUCUUCAAGUGUUGCUGGGUCUAGAGUUGCAAGUGGUGUGGGUCUUAAUCUUCUGGGAGUCACCACAACUGUAAAUGGAUCUUCUGGUGAUAAAAGCUCAGGGCUUAUAACUGAUGUUUCUGGUGGAAAUACAACUGGUAAUGGAUCAGCUGCUGGCGUCAGUGCGUCCAGUGGGCACAGUGGGUCCGGUGAUCUCAGUGGGACUGGUGUCUCUAGUGGGCCUGGUGCAUUUGAUAUAACUACUGGUAGCAGGCUUGGCAAAGAAAAUACUGAACUUAAUGGGUUUGGCGGGUUUGCUAAUACAUAUUUCACCCACUCUCACUCACAUGACGGUGACCAUCAUCACGGAUUUCAUAGUCAUGAUACCCACGGAUUUGAAAUGAAAAGUCCAUCUAUCGGUGCUAGUCAUGAACGAAUUGUUCCAGAACUGACACUUGCUUCUCUGUCUGGAAGUAUUCCAGCAUUCAUAUCACUGCCAACUGCUCUGUUGACUAUAAGUUAUAUCGUUACAAGACUCCAGAAGAAUGGCAGCACCGCGUCGACAUCUACUUAUACAGUUGCGUCGUUGGUGACAGGACUUGUCAUGCUGCUAGCUGGUCUAGUGAGUUUACUCGAGAAGAGAACAGCUGUUAGUUCUGUGACUUCUCUCAAUAAACAGCGUAAAAGCACUCUUUCGCUGACUAUGGGCAUUCUAUGUCUUGUCCUGGCUUGUACGUGGUUAGGAGCUGCCAGAGUCACGGUGGCUCUUAUGGCAGCACUGAAUGUUCCCGGUGCCGUGAGUGCUGCUUCAAUAAGAUUGUGGAAUUUCAAGGUCAUUCGUCCUUUUAUUCUUGUUAUAUUCGUGCUGUUUAUGUACGAUUUGGGUUAUUACUCUGGAGAUGAGAACCAUCCCUUUUUAACGCUGUUAGCAGGCUACAUCACUUUGAUUGGUGCUAGUUAUAGCAUUACAAGAAGUGAUUUGGACAUUUCACGGUCUGUUUCGUUAGGUGGUUCGUUUCUACUGUUAGUCCCCACGUUAUUUCUUAUUGGAGUGACUCUCGACAUUUUUGUUUUGGCAUUUAUAACCAGUGGAGCAAUUGGUGUGUUUCUACUAGCCAAACGUAAUAUCAUGCCCACUAGACUCAAUGGACUAGUGGGUGCCUUAAUCAUUGUCGGUAUUUCCACGUUUAUUAGCGAGCUCCCACAUUCAAAGUGGGAUAUUGUGCUCGCUGCUGCUACUUUGUUUGUUCCUGUUAGCAGUGUUCCAGUUGACAUUAAUGAAGCUGAUGGCGAUGCCAUUAGUACUGGUGGUAACCAGUCUCGAUUUAAAACAUGGGGUAUUCUGGACUCCAUUCUAGCUCACGAAGACACUCGUAAUAUCUUUUAUUUUCUUUUGCUUAAUUUCUCUUUCAUGCUAAUUCAACUUUUAUACUCGGUGCUGUCACAUUCACUGGGAUUGCUUUCUGACAGUAUUCACAUGUUUUUCGAUUGUUUGGCGCUACUCGUUGGUCUGGUUGCCAGUAUUCUUUCCAAAUUUCCCCCCUCUUCGAGAUUUCCAUAUGGUCUUGGUAAAGUAGAGACUGUGUCUGGAUUCACCAACGGCUGUCUUCUCAUUGCCAUUUCGGGAGGUGUUAUUACCGAAGCUUUAGAGCGAAUCUCUCACCCUAUCGAACUGGAAAAGACAAGUGAACUCUUGGUAGUCAGUAUUCUGGGUUUGCUAGUGAAUCUGGUCGGGAUCGUAGCGUUCAACCAUGGCCAUGCUCAUGGUCACGACCACGGACACAGUCAUGGCCACAGCCACGGCCACGAUCACAGCCAUGAUGACCACACUCACAAUCACAGUCACGAUGACCACAAACAUGAUCACGAUCAUACUCACGAACAUGAUCACGACCAUGACCACCCUAGCCACCAUGAUCAUAGCCACGCUCAUACUCAUGACCACAGUCACAGUCACGGACACGGUCACAGUCACGGACAUUCUCACGACAACGAGAAUAUGCGAGGCAUCUUUCUCCACGUUCUCGCCGACACUCUUGGCUCUGUUGGUGUAAUCGUGUCUACCAUUCUCACCAACAUCACUGGCUGGUCUGGUUUCGACCCACUGGCGUCUAUUUUCAUCGCUGUUCUCAUUUUCCUGUCAUCCAUCCCCUUAGUCACUGCAUCUGCCAGGACACUAAUGCUCUCUCUCGGAGACUCUCGCGAGUACCAACUGCGCGACGUUCUCAACGACAUUUCAAUCACUAGCGGCGUUUCGAGCUACUCGGUCCCCAAAUUCUGGCAAGAUGGAAGCAAAGUCCGCGGCGUCCUCCACGUGCAAUACCAAAAAGGCGCCAACAGCACCGUCGUCCGCGAUAAAGUGGCUGCCAAACUCAAAGAAAACGGCAUCGAGGACGUUUUCAUCCAAGUCGAGGAAGAAGACUCGCCCUGCUGGUGCCGAGCUAAAAAUUAA